AUGAAGUACGUUGUGGUAAUUGGUGGUACCAUGAGCGGUGUCGGCAAGGGCACUGUAAUGAGCAGUCUAGGUGUCCUCCUCCGUUCCUACAAUAUCUCCUGCACUGCCAUAAAGAUAGACCCUUAUUUGAAUCUCGAUGCGGGGACUAUGUCGCCUCAGGAGCACGGAGAGGUGUACGUCCUUGAAGAUGGCGGUGAAGGUGACCUAGACCUGGGCAAUUACGAGAGAUUCCUGAAUCUCAGACUAAGCAAAAACCAUUCAAUCACAACAGGGAAGAUUUUUACCCAUGUGUUUGAGAAGGAGCGCCGUGGUUGCUAUCUCGGCAAGACAGUUCAAAUGGUCCCCCAUGUAGUCGACGAGAUCAUUGAUUGGAUUAGCAGAGUCAGCGAGGAGCCAGUGGAUCGCAUGGGUUGGCGCAAACCGGAGGUCUGCCUUCUUGAGAUCGGUGGUACUGUAGGUGACAUCGAGUCCGAGAUAUUUAUGGAGGCUAUUCGUCAAUUGCGGUUGAGAUUCGGCUCCAACAACACAUGCCUUCUGCUGUUGUCGUACAUGCCCGUUGUAGGCAACAGCAACGAGCAGAAGUCCAAGCCCACACAACAUUCAGCGAAGAACUUGCUGGCUCGAGGUCUCCAACCAGAUAUGAUUUUUGGGCGUUGUGUAACUGAAUUGACUGCCGCUAUUAAGGAAAAGAUCGCUUUCUUCACUCAAGUGAAGCCGGAUAACGUGAUAAGCGUUCAUAAUUCGUCGGACGUGUACAAUGUCCCCCUUAUACUGGAAUCGCAGAACGUUGCACAGAAGAUAAUAAAGCUUCUGGAAAUAACGCCUAAGACUGAUUUGCCACUCCCGAAACUGUAUUCCUUAGAAAGUUGGAGGAGUCUAAUAAACACCAGCACAACCAAGGUUACAAUAGCGCUGGUAGGCAAGUACAAUUCGGCUAACGAUGCCUAUCUCUCUGUUAUGAACGCGUUAAAACAUUCUGCUAUGGAUGCUGGCUAUUCACUGGAACUACUCUUCCUGGAGGCUGAGAAGCUGGAGGCGCAGCCUUCGCAAGUGAAGGAGUUGCUUCAAGGAGCUACCGGUGUAGUGGUACCUGGUGGUUUCGGUGAACGUGGUACCAACGGUAAAAUGCUUGCGAUCCGGUACUGCCGAGAGAAUGGUGUUCCUUUCCUCGGCAUUUGCCUUGGUCUGCAACUGGCGGUGCUGGAUAUCGCUAGGGAGUUUGCACCGAACGCCGUUCACGGAGAGAUGGCGGAAGCGCCAUUAGAGGAUCAAGCUAUUAUCGCGAUGCCCGAAUUCCUCGGUGAUGGUUCCAAGGGUGGGAGCAUGCGUCUGGGUGUGCGUGAGGCCCACGUCCUCCCCGGGUCUUUAGCCUACAAGCUGUAUGACCAUCAAACCGUGAUUUGCGAGCGUUAUCGCCACCGCUAUGAGGUAAACCCAGACUUCGUCGAUCGCAUAACAAAUAUGGGUUUCGUGUUUUCAGGAACGGACCCAAGCGGCCGGAGGAGGGUAAUGCUGGAGUUCCCCAGCCACCCGUUUUUCUUCGCCACCCAAUUCCACCCAGAGUUCCAAUCUACCCCAUACAAGCCUAGCCCGCCAUUCCUCGCCUUGGUAUUGGCUGCUAAGGGUCAGCUGUCCUCUAGAUUGGACGCCAAUGGAGGGAAAUUGCGUCCUGGUAGCAAAUACGAAUUUGCGUGA